AUGCUAUCUGGGCGUGAUGGUAGUGAAAGGGACGUGGUUGACCCUUUGGGCCCACAUGUUCCCUUUGUUUCGGAAUCCGACGUUAAUUCGCUCUAUGAAAACAAGGCGUGGUUAAACUCGCCACUCGCUCAACCCAGGAGCGACAUUUUCGCAGCCUCUCAGCCGGAUUUCUCGGGGAUUAGCAACGUGACUAUUAGGUCUGUAAUUUAUGGUCGUAGGGAGUCUCUAAAAGACUUUGGUUACGGCCAGGAAAUUAGGGAAGGCUAG